ACGGACUAGAGGUACAUGCAUAUUGAAUGGAAGAAACGGGCAGUUCCCAGUGGGGCGGCUCAGCGGUGCCACUGCAGCCGCUCGACUGAACGGCUUAAGCCGAUUGGGUGACAUGAAUUUAGCACCUGGCAAGCCACGGAUCUAGCGAUGACGCCCUUUGAAGAAUAUCUCGCCCUCCAGGAGGAACCACCCACUUCUUUGGCGCAAUUCGUACCCAACCGCCUCCUUAUAGCGUGUCGAACUGUACCCCCCCUGAGUGUGUGGGCAAUGCACCACUGAGUGGAGGAUUUUGACGGCUUUGAAGCGACGGUUAAGCAGCAAAGGCUACCUAACAAUGGCGGACAAUGUGUCCCCUCUAGCCUCGUUCUCUCUCACCCACGUCUACUAUGACCCCUCCGACCCCAUCUCCUACCUAUGCGCCUUCCUCGCGCUCGUGCCCCAGGCCCUGUGCGUCGUCUACGCCACCCUGAUCUGGAGCACGCGCGAGGCCGAGGUGGCGCUCAUGUUCGCCGGCCAGCUGGCCUGCGAGGCCGCCAACUUCGCCCUCAAGCGCCUCAUCAAGGAGGAGCGCCCGAAGCGCAUCCACGGCAAGGGCUACGGCAUGCCCAGCAGCCACGCCCAGUUCGCCUUCUUCUGGGCCGUCGCCGUCGCCCUGUUCCUCGUCGUCAGGCACCGCCCGCGGCCGCGGCAGGGCGCAGCCCGCUCCGGUGGGGCUGCUGCGAAUGAGACACCCGUCGGCGGAGGAGGAGGAGCAGGAGGGAGUGGGAGCAGGAGCAUGAACAAGGGGGGCAUUGCUGGCUCCGGACCGGCCACAUCGGCCCCGGGCAGCACGGCGGCGUUUCGGGGCGGAGCUCUGGGGCCCCUGACCGCGUGGGAUGUGGAGAGAUACGCCCACCAGCCGUGGUCGUUGCUGGAGCGAGUCGCGGCCAGCGCUGUCGCGCUCGUGCUGGCCGCGAUGGUGGCCUGGAGUCGCGUCUACCUCAACUACCACACCCCCAAGCAGGUCUUGGCCGGCUGCCUGGCCGGCGCCGUGAGCGCCGUCGCGUGGUUCGCGGCCACGUACGUGAUGAGGCAGACGGGGCUGCUGGCCCUGGCCCUGGAUAUGCCCGUGGCGAGGUGGUUCAGGUUGCGCGACCUGGUCACCGAGGAGGAUCUCUGCCAGGCGGGUUGGGAGAAGUGGGAGGAUAGGAAAUUGAGGGCCCUGCAGGCCAAGUCGAAGUAAAAAGAGGAGCCCAUGUGGAGAGGAGAUAUCAUACAUAUCACGUUAAGAGAGAAAGAAACAUGCAAACUUGCGUUGGCCAUUCAACGAGCUAAGGGCCCAUGCAUUCAUU